UUGCGUGCUGCGAGGCGGUGCCGCAUGCGCCGUCGGGUCGAGCGAAGAGCACGCUGAGAAGACUCGGCGGUUUGGUGCGGGCGGAGCGAGUCUGGUCUUUUUCCGAUUAAAGCGAGCGAAGCGGUGCCACACAUAUACCUCAGUUGCAGAAUGCCGAGUCUAAGUUGUAGAUUUUAUCAACACAAAUUUCCUGAAGUGGAAGAUGUAGUGAUGGUGAAUGUAAGAUCCAUUGCCGAAAUGGGGGCUUAUGUCAGCUUGCUGGAAUAUAAUAAUAUCGAAGGCAUGAUUCUUCUUAGUGAGUUGUCCAGAAGGCGUAUUCGUUCUAUAAACAAACUGAUCCGAAUUGGCAGAAAUGAGUGUGUGGUUGUCAUUAGAGUGGACAAAGAAAAAGGAUACAUUGACUUGUCAAAAAGAAGAGUUUCUCCGGAGGAAGCAAUAAAAUGUGAAGAUAAAUUCACCAAAUCCAAAACUGUGUAUAGCAUUCUUCGUCAUGUUGCUGAGGUGUUAGAAUACACCAAGGAUGAGCAGCUGGAAAGCCUGUUCCAGAGAACUGCCUGGGUCUUUGAUGACAAGUACAAGAGACCUGGAUAUGGUGCCUAUGAUGCAUUUAAGCACGCAGUCUCAGACCCAUCUAUUUUGGAUAGUUUAGAUUUGAAUGAAGAUGAACGGGAAGUACUCAUUAACAAUAUUAAUAGGCGUUUGACCCCACAGGCUGUCAAAAUUCGAGCAGAUAUUGAAGUGGCUUGUUAUGGUUAUGAAGGCAUUGAUGCCGUAAAAGAAGCCCUGAGGGCAGGUUUGAAUUGUUCUACAGAAACCAUGCCUAUCAAGAUUAACCUAAUAGCUCCUCCUCGGUAUGUGAUGACUACAACAACUCUGGAGAGAACAGAAGGCCUUUCUGUUCUCAAUCAAGCUAUGGCUGUUAUCAAAGAAAAGAUUGAGGAGAAGAGGGGUGUUUUCAACGUUCAAAUGGAGCCCAAGGUGGUCACAGAUACAGAUGAAACUGAACUUGCAAGGCAGCUGGAGAGGCUUGAGAGAGAAAAUGCAGAGGUGGAUGGAGAUGAUGAUGCUGAAGAAAUGGAAGCCAAAGCUGAAGACUAACUUUGUGGGAAACAGACCAGUUUAAGGAACACAAACAGCCCUUCCUGGCUGUCAACUCUAGACUUAAAAGUUUUCCAGUAUUGAAAACUUCAAAACUAAAUAUGUUUUAUUUCCAAGUAUUUAAAUGUCUCAAACCAAAACAUAAAUGGCCUCCUAAAUGCCAGCUGUUUUUACAUAAUAGCUUCAGCAUAUCGAGCAUUUUUAAUGGAGAGGCCUAAUUUAACUAGAGAAAGCUAAGAAUAGUCAUAAAAUUGGGUUUGUGAUUCCAUUUCUGAUGUGUCCAGAUUGACACUCCUUUGUUGUUUAGUGCCUCGAUGAAAUUUCCAGGGGUACUCAAAGCAAAUGGUCCCAACCGUUCUAUAUAUAAAAUGUAUCAAGCAACCAUUAAAUAAAUUUCUGGGAUAUUUAA